AUGCAUACGAGUGGGAGAAGAGUUGACAAAGUCGACAAAGUCGAGCGCAGCCUGAGGAGGAGCCAUGAUGAAGGCGGUGGUCGAAAACGGUGAUGUUCUGGUUCUUCUUCUAGCAGUGGUUGGGCUGGUAAAUGCCAAAGACUGGAUUGCUGUCCUCGACCGUCUCGCUGUCGAAGAGCAGAUCAUGCAGAUUUGUGAUAAGCAAAAAUGGGAGGGAAAUCUCAAAGAGUGCGGAGAAGUUUCGUUCUACUGGGAUGGGAUGGAGGGGUUCCAGAGGGGCUCAGGCGGGCGUUGGGCAAAAUUGGAAGCUCGAGGUCCAAAAGUUCCCGGAAGCGGCACACUGGAGGCGGCAGAGCGGGGCCGAGGAGGGCCGUUGAGACCCGCGAUAAGGGGAGCGGAUAAGACACUGGAUGAAUGUUGUAUUCAACAACUCAUGGGAAAGGAACAAAUAAGAAAGCGGUAAUGGAUAUAGAUGGUUGAUCCAGAUAUUGAUAAGCAUUAAACAGUAGUUGUCUACAUUCCCCUCUUAAUAAAAAUAAAAAAAAAUCAAAGCAGCUACCAAAAAGACAAACCCACGCUUCCUAUCCCUUUUGUGCAAGUAGAUCAUCCAUCUAU